AUGUCUCUCGUCGUCCCCGAACAGCACCAGCAAUUCCAGCACAUUCUGCGUCUCCUCAACACCAACGUCGAUGGCAAGCGGAAAGUCAUGUACGCCUUGACUGAGAUCAAGGGUGUUGGUCGCCGAUACGCCAACUUGGUCUGCAAGAAGGCCGAUGUCGACUUGAACAAGCGUGCCGGUGAACUCAACUCUGACGAGCUCGAACGCAUUGUCACCAUCAUCCAAAACCCCACGCAGUUCAAGAUCCCUACAUGGUUCUUGAACAGACAAAAGGACAUCGUCGAUGGCAAGAACUCGCAAAUUCUGUCGAACGGCGUCGACUCCAAGCUCCGUGACGAUCUCGAGCGAUUGAAGAAGAUCCGUGCCCACCGUGGGCUGAGACAUUUCUGGGGACUCCGUGUCCGAGGUCAACACACAAAGACAACUGGUCGCCGUGGAAAGACGGUUGGUGUGUCAAAGAAGCGUGGCUAG